AUGCCUGGCGGGCCUCGCCCGCCCGUUCGUGGGCGAGGCCCGCCCGGGACACCUGGCAGGCCUCGCCAACCUGUCCGAGAAACCUGGCGGGCCCGGCUGACUAGUCCCAAGACACCUUGGGGGGCCUCACCUGCCCCUUCUCUCGAAAUCCGUAGCGGGCCUCGCCCACCCGUCAAGGCCCGCCCACCCGUCCAGGACGCCUGGCGGGCCUCGCCCGCCCGUCCCGGGACGCCUGGUGGGCCUCCCCCGCCCGUCCCAGGACGCCUGGCGGGCCUCGCCCUGCCGUCCCGGAAGCCUGCGGCCUUGCCCGCCCUCCUGGGAAUCCUGGCGGGCCACGCCCGCCCGUCCCGGGAAGCCUGCGGGGGGCCUCGCCUGCACGCCCGUCCCGGGACACCUGGCGGGCCUCGCCCAGCCGUUUCCAGGAACAGGCGGGCGAGGUCCGCCAGGUGUCCUGGGACACCUGGCGGGCCUCGCCCACCCAUCCGAGAAAACCUGGCGGGCCGGCUGACCAGUCCCAAAACACCUGGGGCGGGCGAGGCCCCCCGCCCGGGACACCUGCAAGGCCUCGCCAACCCGUCCCGAGAAACCUGGCCGGGCCCGGCUGACCAGUCCCAAGACACCUGGGGGGCCUCAACUGCCCCUUCCCGAACCCGUAGCGGGCCUCGCGCCACCCUCAAGGCCCACCCACCGUCCAGGGACGCCUGGCGGGCCUCGCCCGUCCGUCCCGGGACACCUGGUGGGCCUCCCCCGCCCGUCCCGGGACGCCUGGCGGGCCUCGCCCGCCCGUCCCGGGAAGCCUGGCGGGCCUCGCCCGCCUGUCCCGGGAAGCCUGUCGGUCCAAUUCCGCCCGUCCGGGAAACGCCUGUGAGCCGCGCCUGCCCGUCCCGGGACGCCUGGCGGGCCUCCCCCGCCCGUCCCGGGACGCCUGGCGCCUCUACCCGCCAAGUCCCGGGAGCUGCUGGCGGGCCUCUACCCGCCCCGUCCCGGGAUGCCCUGACGGGCCGCGCCCACCCCCUCCCGAGACGCCUGGUGAGCCGUGCCUGCCCGUCCCGGGACGCCUGGCGGCCUCUAACCCGCCCGUCCCGGGAUGCCUGGCGGGCCUCUGCCCGCCUGUCCCUGGACGCCUGA